GGAUGUGAUAUUCACAGUCACACAAUCCGCUUCAUCACGAUGACUAGCCUACAACUUGCUGCUCUGUGCUGCCUCUUCCUGGCCUACCUCACGGUGGCAGAGAAGUUGCCUGGUCAUCGUGGUUACAACUACGAUCCUCCAGCCACACAUUUCAAUCCUACAGCCCCGACUUACUACAUUCCUCCCCAGAAAGCCUCCGCAUCUUCUCACUCUACCUUUAUCCCUGCCCACUCCGCUUUGAUUCCCCCCAAUAGAAACCACGAGCGCCCUAGUUUUCCCCAAGAGGCUCUCACCCACACACAAGUUCUUGGGUCACCUAACUCCCACAUUCUCGGCUCAUCCCACUCUCAAAUUUACGGCUCCCCUCAGUCACAGUUUCAUAGCUUUCCUCAAUCUCAGAAUCGGAAAUCGCCCCACGCUGCCUCCAGGCCCAGCUACAACCAUCAGCAAGAAAACCUGAAACCCAUGCCUUUCGGAUAUGGUUAUGGAGUGAGCGACGCUCACAAUGGCAUCGACUUCGGCCACAACACGAACUCCGAUGGCAAGGUGACCACCGGCGAGUACCGCGUCCUCCUCCCCGACGGCCGCACCCAGAUUGUCACCUACACCGCCGACUACAAUGGCUACCAGGCUGAAGUCAACUACGAGGGAGAAGCUCGUCCCUACGAGCCCCAGCCUCAGGCAUCCUACAACCAGCCCCGUCCAACCUACGAGCAGCCUCAGCCUCGUCCUACCUACGAGCAGCCUCAACCCAAAACACCUACCAGGCUCCGCAGCAGCCCCAGCGCGGCUACGGCUUCUAAGGAGAACGUUGUGCAGCGAACGAAUUUCAUACGCGUAUUAUAAGUUGACCUCCGAUAACUUAUUCAGUGCCUUUACUACGCUUCAGUGACAAUUUCGUGUAUAUACCGAAAAAGUAAAUUCGAACAUUCGUG